GACGUUUGACGUUUACUAUUUUCUCCGCAGUUUCUUCUGGCGUAUAUGGCAUGUGAAGUAGAUAAAUAUACAUUUUCUUUGUUUACUUUUCAAAUUAGGUGAGCAUUUUUGCCUGGUAAGGCUUCUCCGCGCAAUAAAACGAACGUGCCCGGUUAGCAUAAUCUACGAUAAGCGUUCGUGUAAAGGGAUAAUUUGUGUUUAUCGUGUCAGAAAAGGGAAAAAGUGCACCAAUACUGCUCCAGAUUUUCUGUACACGUGAAUAAGAUGGGAACCAAAACCAAAUAAGGAUCUGACCGGAUGAGCUGGAUGUAUGACGCGGAGGAAGUUGCAUACUUCAGGAAAAUCGCUACCUCGCAGAGGAAAGCUCCAAAGAUAAUGGCUCUGAAUGGUUUCCUGGAAUUUUUUCAGCGGGAGAAGACAUUUCGUCCCAAGAAGAAGUUUACUCAAGGAACUAUACGCUAUUCGCUUCAUAAGCAAGCUCACGCUAGUCUGCAAUCGGGUAUCAACUUGAGGGAAGUGGUUAGGCUUCCUCCGGGGGAAAAUAUGAACGACUGGCUCGCAGUACACGUCGUGGAUUUUUUCAAUAGAAUCAACCUAAUUUAUGGAACUAUUUCGGAGUACUGCAACGUAACUACCUGCCCCACCAUGAGCGGAGGCUCAAAAUAUGAAUAUCUUUGGGCGGACGGCGAAAUUUUUAAAAAACCAGUACAACUGCCUGCUCCGCGUUACAUUGAACUGCUAAUGGACUGGGUGGAGAAUCAAAUCAAUAAUGAAUUGCUUUUCCCAGUGUCAACCGAUGUGCCAUUUCCGAAAUCUUUUCCCAACUUGUGCAAGAAAAUAUUGGCUAGACUGUUUCGAGUGUUUGUGCAUGUUUACAUUCAUCAUUUUGAUCGGAUCGUCAGUAUUGGAGCUGAAGCUCAUGUCAACACAUGCUAUAAACAUUUUUACUACUUCAUCCAGGAGUUCGAUCUCAUGUCAGCCAAAGAGUUGGAACCGCUUGCCGCAAUGACGGCGCAGAUGUGUAAAGAUUGAUUCGACAGUAUGGAAGGCGAAUGACUUACCCAAGCAAAAAUAAAUAAUAUGGACACCAAUUGAAAGCUGUAAUAUAGGUUGUUGAAAGUUGACGAGGGAGAAUAAUAAAUGGAAUUUUCUGCAUGACAAUUAAAAUGAUUUGAUCUUUAGUAUAUUGGUGUAGUGUCUUUUGCGAGACUAACAGUUGGAAAUAUUCAAUUGGUUUAAUGUUUUAUCUAGCAAUAAUUGCGUCUAAUUGAAUUUUACAGCUCAGAAAUAAUUAUGGCAUGACAUUUGUAUAGUAACUAAAUAUAUCUUAACAUCUAACUUGGAAAA